AUGCCAGCCGCGACUGAAGCCGAAAUAUUCAAGUCGCUCAACAAAGCACAAUGUCUCGCUGUCAGCUCAGAAGCCCCGACCGUCGCUAUAUUAGCUGGCCCAGGUAGUGGCAAAACGCACACGCUCACCUCACGCGUGGCCUGGCUCAUCGACAAUGUUGGCAUCCAACCCUGCGAUGUCAUCGUCGCAACAUUUACCGUCAAGGCAUCCAAUGAGAUGAGGACGCGUAUUGGGAAAGCCCUUGGUGAUGGACGCGAGAAGAAGAUCAUUCUAGGCACAUUCCACAGCAUUGCUCGUCGCUAUCUGUCUGCGUACGGCCAGCGCAUUGGGCUGGACCCCAAAUUUGGCAUCGCUGACGAUUCGGACUCGCGUGGCAUUAUCACACGCAUCUGUAAAAGACUGAGCGCGCCCAUCGAGCCUCCUGUGGCUCGGGCUUGGAUCAGCAAGCGGAAAGCGAGAGGGACUUCAGAUGAACGUUCGAUCAAGGCCAAGAAUGGACAGAACGUGGAGUCCCAGGCCCUGGAGCAGUGCUUCCAGGAGUACCAGAGUCACCUUGACCGCUCAAACUUGCUCGACUACGAUGACCUUCUGGUUCGCUGCGUUGAACUCCUCCGGAAGUUCCCUCACUGCGUUUCGAACAUCCAGACAGUUCUGAUCGAUGAAUAUCAAGACACCAACGGGGUCCAGUAUGAUCUCAUGAAGCUGUUUGCUCAGCAGAACCGAAGAAUAACUGUUGUCGGUGAUCCAGACCAGAGUAUAUAUGGGUGGCGAUCGGCAGAAAUCAGGAAUCUGCAUCGUUUACUACAUGACUUCCCGGGGACCGAUGAGAUCUCUUUAGAGGAAAACUACAGAUCCUCAAGUUCGAUCCUUGACACGUCUUUGAAAGUCAUUCAGCAAGAUCAAGACAGAUACAAGAAGGUUUUAUUGCCAGUACACGUCAAGGGUACGCGACCAGUUCUUCGCAAGUUGAAGAGCUCGACAGAGGAAGCCGCCUGGGUUGUUUCCGAGAUCAAACGGAUAAGGCUACUAUCCGGUAACAUGGUUGAAUUUGACGAUAUUGCGAUUCUGCUUCGGUCCGCCUCACUGUCCAGGCACAUAGAGUCCGCUCUAGGACGGGAAGGUGUGGCUUACCGAAUGGUUGGCGGCUUCAAGUUCUACGAGCGAGUGGAAAUCAAGAUCAUAUUGGAUUAUAUGCGAGUAAUUCAUCAACCAGAUAACAAUGAUGCGUUCGCACGCAUCAUCAACGUCCCAAAACGAGGUAUCGGCGAUACGACAGUCAAGUCGCUGCUCGAGGAAGCUGAACGAGGUUCUUUGAGUCUUUGGACACUACUUGAAAAACAUUGUCGGGGUGUUAGAAACACGAAGACAAACAUCCGGAAGCAGACCGAACAGAAAAUUAGCGGGGAGCUGAUCAGGCUGAUUGGAAAUCUGCGGAGGCGUCUGCGAUCAAGCGAUGGCACGCCCAUCAACUUGGUUGAGAUCAUCCAGCAGCUACUUCGAGACCUGCAGUUCGAGAAGUAUCUAGAAGACACCUACGGACCGGAGUAUGAGUCACGCUGGGCCAAUGUCCAGGAAUUUGUCAACCUCGCCGAGGAGUUCAUGCAUCAGGGUCAACUGGAAGAAGAACUUCUACCCAUUAUUGACAACGUGCAGCAAGUCCCCGACAAUGAUCUUCUCGCACGCUUCCUGUCGAACGUGGCGUUAGCAUCCGACAAACAGACCCAGGAUCAGGAAGAUAAACCUCAAGUCACGGUUUCCACGAUACAUGCCGCGAAGGGUCUUGAGUGGCCGGUUGUCUUCAUUCCCGCAGUCUACAAAGGAUCCAUACCUCAUAUACGGGCCGAUGAUCAGAAUGAAGAGCGGCGCCUUCUGUACGUCGCAAUGACCCGAGCCAAGGCUCUACUCUAUCUUAGCUCGCCACUGUAUACUGCCAACGGUGGUGGCGGUUGCUGUCAGCUCUCACCUUUCAUCGAAGAUCUCACGUCGGUCUUUCUCCAAAAAGGGCCAUCAUUCGAUCGUCCCGUGAUGUCCCAAGUGGCUAGGAUUUUAAGGAGAGUCCUACCUUCGGAGGAAGUCAUCUACAAGGGCAUGCCGAUGAUGGCGGCGCCAGAAGACAACCUGUUCCCUAUUGACCCCAAUAAACCUCAGGAGGUUAGCACUGUGGUCGACCAUAGGCCAGACCAGAAUGGCGGUCCGAGGAAACGGCAGAAACUCCAGCACCCCCAGAAAGGACCCCAGGUAAACGAGGACUCGGUCGAAGGCUGGGCCGCGCCGUACAAGACAACAAUGGACAAGGCUGGGUCGUUCACCGUGCCGCAGCCAGCUCAACCGGGCUUCACUACAGCUGGGGCGCAUUUGGCCACUGUAGCUGCUGCGGAAGCUAGAAGCGCCGUAAAGCAGCCUCCUCCUGCCAGGAAGCAGCAGCCUCAAGCCGGCGCGAGGAGGCCUACAGCCCACCGCGCUCCCGUCCAGAGGAAUCUGCUGGGCUUCGGCUACGUCAUAGCCGACCACGACAAGUCUAAGCAGCCUGUCGACGUGCCAAAAAUGACACCGCAGCCCAACCAGGCUCAAGCACCAUAUGUUCGACGGCCGACGCAACGGAGUUUUUCGGGCCAACAGUCACGUCCCUUUCCCCAAUCUAGAAGUACAGCUUCGACACAAGCCAAAUCCGCCAUCGAUCCCAGUCUCGCAGAACACAAGCUCGGCUCCGCAAAGUUGACCAGCAAGCCCACGAACCACAACCGUCGGGAGGAAUCCGGGGGCCCGAAGCAGCCGUAUGCCUGCUUCUCGAGCUCGCCGACGAAGCCGGAGCCGCAGGCGCCGAGCCCGAAGGAGGUCGAGAAGGAGAAGGAGAACGUGGCACCACCGCCAGUGGAGGACAUGACGCGGCCGGCGGCCAGUUUCCAUGCCACUACGGUGAAUGGGCCGAUGGGCUUCGGGGCCGGGAUCACGCGGCCGCCGGGCCUGGGACGCAGUGGGAUUGCGCCGUUGGAGAAGCUGAAUAAACCUUAUAAACUUACUGUCAAGCGACCUUGA